CAUGAAUUUAGCACACAGUAGCACAGUUUUUGUGAAUUUGAAGAGUCACUCUAUAUUCAAAUUAUUUGCAGUGAAAAAAUGAAGUACUUUGCUGUCGUAGUUGCUGCUCUGCUCUUUGUGGCUGCUAAUCCAAUAAAGGCAGCACCAGCUUGUGGCACCACCCCACCACAGUGGACUGGAUACGUUUAUGAGAUCUCAUUCGCAGAUGCCAAGCUAGCAUUGAGGAUCUCUCAGGCUAAUUAUGAUCGUAAUGCCAAAAAACUCAAGAUAUCUGACGUCGAUGUAAAAGAAUCAGCCCAAAAGACUAUCUCACUCUUUGAUUACUCAACUGGAAACUCAUAUGUCUCAGUUGAAGGACAGUGUACUAAGGGAAAUGUUACUGGUGAUAUCCCAAACUUUGGAGUACCAUCUGAUGCAACGGCUGAGCCUGGUGGAGCCAAAUAUCUGGGAUCAUCUCUGCCUAACCUAGGUGUACUGGUGUACGAGUAUUAUGGUAGCAACAGUGUUGAUGGAGAUUAUUAUGUCACAUAUACACCAGUUGGUGAUGGUACUGCAUGUGUUCCAAUCCUUCGUUCCACAUUGACUGUUAGUCCUCUGAAGGAAGCUAUUAUUGAGUACACUAAUAUAACAACUACUCUUCCAUCGGAUCCCUUUAGCAUGCCUCCUGGUUGCUAAGAGAAGUGUGACAAAACUAUUAUAACUUUAUAUUGCUAAUUUUUAGGCCUUUAUUAAUAGCUAUUAUUAUUAUUUUUGUGUUUAUGCUAUAGUGAUUUUUACUGCUAUGUGCUUUAUUAUUACAAGUGAAUGAAAUUUAGCUGCAAAA